GAAGCUCCCAAACUUUCACACUAUAAAAUUGAGCACAAACCCUAAUUUUCUUCUUUCUUUCUUCACCUUAGAUCUUCACCAUUUCCAAUGUAUUAUAUUGAUCCUCAUCUUUUUGCUUCCUAGCUUUCCAUAAAGUCCCAUUCAUACUAAUUUAGCUCAUCUUAUAUAAGACCACUCCUCAUAGAUCUAUCAACAUCAUCAAGUUCUUCCAAGAUAGAUCAAGAACACUUAGCUAAACCUAUAAGAAGGAAUUGAUGGAUCAUCGUAGACAUGGGAAGAGGGCGCUUGUGCGCGAUGGAUCGGAGGAGAAAGAUGAGGAUCAUGAGUCUGAGAGAGAUAGCAUCUUCCCUGUUUACUCAGCUAGGUCACAGGAAGAUAUGUCAGCCAUGGUUUCAGCUCUUUCUCAAGUUAUUGGAGCUUCUUCUGGUGGACAAUUUUAUCCGUCCGAGGCGGUGUCUGGAUAUACUGAAGCUACACAGCAGAUUCAGUCCUCUCAGCCUGCAAGAAAUGAUGAUCAACAAGGGAAUCAGGCGCUGAGGAAGAGACACUACAGAGGAGUGAGGCAAAGACCAUGGGGAAAAUGGGCGGCUGAAAUCCGAGAUCCGGUGAAAGCAGCUAGGGUUUGGCUAGGCACUUUCGACACUGCAGAAGCCGCAGCUAUUGCUUAUGAUGAUGCGGCUCUCAGAUUCAAGGGAAACAAAGCUAAGCUCAACUUCCCUGAACGAGUCACUCCCGCGGCUCCUGCUCCCCAAUCUUCUGUCCCUCCGUCCCAUAAUAAACGUCCUAAUUACACCGCUCAGGCCACUAAUCAAGACUAUUUAUCAUACUCCUCAGCACCGGCUUUUGUUCCUAGUCCUAAUCAGUUCCCAAUCAGCUUCCAACAAAAUAAUAUGUACGACCCCUCUAGUGCUUAUCAACAUGACCAACAAAACGCGUAUGGGACUAAUGCUUCGGGAUUCUAUUCUUCGGGUAAUUAUGAUCAAACUCAAGCAUUUGGAUUGUAUUCAUCAUCACCGUCAUCUGCAUUGUCAAGUACAAGUUUCUCAUUCACUUCCAAUACAUCUGAUAACCAACCCGAAGAUCAGUUUUACGGAUAUCCAUUGCGAUUUGGGACUAAUUCUUCGGAUUACGAUUAUAAUGAUCAUCAUCCACAUCAAUGAAGUUCAAAGUUUGAAAUUGCUGCAUGGAAUUCGUGUCGUAGUUGCAUGAUCAACAAGAGAUCGAGCCACGUACAGAGAUCAAGUGUUAAAUAGUGCUCAUCAUCCCUGCAGAGUUAUCGAUCUCGUCUUUCUUUCAACUCCAAUUCGGUUAUUUUCUAAUUCUGUACUUUCUAGCUGGUUUCUUUAAAUUGAGGUACGUUUAGUUUCCAUAAUCAGUUCUGUUUUCCUUUCGAAUUUUUUUGAUUUGUAUUUUCACAUUUUAUAUA